AUGGCGCCGCAUUUGGAACAUGACGAGUUCUUUCAAUCCCUCACCGACCUCCUCUCUAAAACCUCCCAACAAGCUCACGGCUCGGUAUAUCUCACACAAAAGCCUCUCAUCGAUGUGCCCGGUGCCACCACCACCAACACCCAGCCGUCUAUUCUCAUCCGAGCCACUGACGGAAACACCAAUGCGCCAAACCCUAAGUCAACAAGCAAAGAUGGCAAGAUCGUCAAGAACAAGUCGACGAAGAUCAAGCUUUCAACCAUCGUCACCCCGGGCGAUCUCGAGGCCUUUUAUACCCGUUAUGCUGAGGUCUGCAAGGCAGGAAUGACCGGAUUGAAGAAGCGAGAUCGCCGAGGCCGAAAGGCCAAAACCAAGGGCGGAGCUGCCAAGGCCACGAAAGCCUAG